CGAAAUUUGUUUGUUUCUUUUCAUCGACGUCAUCCUGACACGCCGCCCUUGAGGAACUCGAAACCCCUCCAAAUCAUGCUCGAGAACAACAGAUCUGCCGAUUGUCUUCCUCCUUGAGCGGGCCAACACGUCGUUCUCCAUCAACCAUUUCAAGCCUAUCUCAACAAUGGAUUCGUUCUUGACUGGAUUGCGCGAAAGCGUUCUUUCCACGCGUUCCAUGUCGUACGCCAGUAAUGCAGAAAGUGUCACCUCCCACGACGACCAACGCUAUCCGCAACAUCAUUUGCCUCCUCCAAGUAGACAUGGCUCCGUCCCGACUUUACGCGCUCCGCGGUCGCGUAGCCGCCGAAGCAGUCUCUCUGACUACUCUGAUGAUCAGGAUCUGGAGAUGAGUGGGGCACAAGGAGAAGGACCUCAUGGGUUGAGUCAGAUUCAGGAACUGCCUGAUAGUGUCGCAGACUCUUUGCUAUUUGAAUUGCCAAGAGAGGUCCGGGAUCUGAUCUACACAUACUGUUUGUCAUCAGGGGAAGGACAUCCCAUAGAUUGGCCAACGGCACAGAACACUGCGGGAUUACAACCACAAUUGCUGCGAACUUGCAAGAUUGUUCAUGACGAAGCGGCGCCCGUCUUGUACUCGUCAAACACGUUGUCCUUUCUUCAAUCCUCAGAUGCGAAUAUGUUCGCUCGCGCCAUGGCAUCUCCGGUCUACGCUCGAUGUGUCACCAGCAUUCGACUUCUGAUAAAAUCAUCAGAUACCCGUUAUUGGAUGCCGUACCUCACAUCGAAGAACGCCGAGCGCAGCCUCGCUGCAGAUUUCCCCAAACUCAAAAAUAUCCUGAUCCGGUUCAAGAGUGCGAAAUGGCAACAUAACCACCCACCCGAGACUCACAUCUCCGAGCUACCUCAUAGCGAUCUCCGCUGGACAGAGGUCAUAGUCGGCCUUCGAGGUGUUUACAUUCCAGCUCCGAGCGACUUCGUCACCGACGAGGAAUUCCACGAACACAUCCGCCGCCGCCCGAACGACUUCCUCGAACUGGGCGACGAACUCGCUUUGCGUAAGCACGCUAUGGGAUUGUACAAAUUAGCUGAAUUGAGGAUGGCUGGUGCAUUGCCAGGACCGAACAUCCGCGCAAUCUGCACCUUCCGCGUGGGCUCAACACAGUUCGGCGCAUUGGUAGGUCCUUAUCGGGGAGUGCCAUCCGUCGCCGAGAAGCUCUCCCGGAGAGUGAUUCAGCGGGACAACGAGCCGUUUGUGGGAUUCCGCAAGGAGGAUUUUGAGGGCCGAGCGGAGAUCCUGACCAGGCAGACGGAUCCGGAGUGGGUGUCAUCGGGUCUGGCGCUUUUCGCUCGGACGGGUCAUGCCAACCUGGAGGGCAUCUCCGUCGCUCUGGAGGUAUAUACUCUUGACAGUCGAAAAGAGAAUAUGGGGGUUUGAAGACCGGUCAUUGUUGGGUCGGUCGGGAGUGAAUAGAGAUCAUGGUCGCGAACAAGACAGGGCUCACGACGUUCCUUG